GACAGGCACGCGAAAUACUUAGCAGUUUUCUGAUUUAUUAACUCUUUGCGAUAAAUUUCAUCAAAACCAGGAGGAAAAAAAGCAGCAAUGUCUGUGUUAUGUGUAGUUCAGCACAUCCAACUCACAGGGACGCUGUUGACCAGUCUGCUGAGAUUUCAGAGCUUAUUGCAGCAGUACCUCCCCCAUCAUCUCCAAAUGUUACGGAGAGAGACAGAAAACAUAUCGAAAAGGCACAGUUUGGAAGAAUGAUAUGAUCAAACACGGACAUACUAGGCGAAAAUCGUUCAUUGGAGUCUAUAUAUUUUUGCCUUUCUCACUGACGUUUGUUCCUGAAAUCCUUUUACUGGAUAACGGAUUUAAUAUUUCUUUUUUGUGGACGAGAAAUCGUCGGACAGAACAAUGACGCUGCGAGUAGGCCUGCUGUCGGUUCUCUCCGUUGUUUGUCUUCGCUCGGUUUUUGGCCAGGUCAGCUACUCCAUUCCUGAGGAAAUGUCGAAAGGAUCUUUGGUCGGUAACAUAGCGCAAGAUUUAGGUUUAGACGUGAAACGGUUAAAAUCAGGGAAAGCUCGUAUAUAUACAGGAGAAGGCACAGAAUACAUCGAGCUGAAUAAAGAAAGGGGAGCCCUUGUAAUCAAAGAGCGGAUAGACAGAGAAGCGCUCUGCGGACAGACGACGCCCUGCGCUCUUGAUUUUCAAAUCAUUUUGGAGAAUCCUAUGCAGUUUUACAGCGUUACUGUCGAGAUCACCGACAUUAACGACAACUCUCCUGGUUUUAAAAACAGUGACAUGAAAUUUGAUAUAAGUGAGACGGUUCAGAUUGGGUCAAAAUUUGUUUUAGAAAAAGCUGUUGACGACGAUGUGGGUAUUAACGGGCUCCAGAGUUAUUCACUGAGUUCAAGUGACAUAUUCAUCUUAAAUCCCUAUCGCAUAGGUGGCAGUAGAAAUGUUGAAAUGGUUUUAAAGAAGACUCUUGACCGAGAGAAACAGGACCGUGUCUCUUUAAUAUUAACUGCUCUAGAUGGUGGCAACCCGCAGCUCUCUGGAACUAUUCAAAUUGUCAUAACUGUUCUGGACGCAAACGAUAACGCACCUGUUUGUUCUCCAGCGGAAUUUAAGACUAACGUAAAGGAAAAUUCGGUGAAAGGAACUGUUCUAACCACGGUGAGCGCAUCUGAUGCAGAUGAAGGUCCACAUGGGCAAGUACGAUAUUCCAUCUCUAAUGCUCCAAAGGGAUCAUCAGAAUUAUUUGAUAUAGAUGAAGACAGUGGGGUGUUCACAUUAGUGGGAAAGCUUGAUUAUGAGAAAUUUCGGCAUUACGAGAUAGAUGUUCAAGCAUCAGAUGCAGGCGGUAACGCAGAUGUUUGUAAAGUUAUAAUUGAGGUGCUGGACACAAACGAUAACCCACCAACUAUUAACAUUAUGUCAACGUCAUCCAGUAUAUCUGAGGAUGUAAAACCUGGCACUGUUCUAACGAUGAUGAACGUCCAGGAUCCAGAUUCAAAUGAAAAUGGCAAAGUCCACUGCAUUUUAGAUGAUCAUGUUCAUUUUAAAAUCUCUUCAACAUCAACUAAUUUCUUCAGCAUAGUGACAGACAGUGAAUUAGACAGAGAGAGAGCCUCUGAGUAUAACAUCACUGUGACCUGCUCUGAUGAGGGAGUGCCCUCCCUCUCCAGCAGCGUCACUCUCACCUUACAGAUCUCUGAUGUAAAUGACAACGAGCCUCUCUUUGAGAGGAGCUCAUAUGAGGCCUGCAUUGUAGAAAACAACACACCAGGUGUGUCUGUAUUCACAGUCAGAGCCACAGACGCCGACUGGAACCAGAAUGCUCGUGUUUCUUACAUUCUGGAGGACUCCUCAGUGAACGGAGUGCCAGUCUCCUCAUAUGUGUCCGUCAGUGCUGAUAGUGGAGUCAUCCAUGCAGUGCGCUCUUUUGACUACGAGCAGAUCAAAGACUUCCAGUUCCGUGUGAAAGCUCAGGAUGGAGGCUCUCCUCCACUCAGCAGCAACGUGACAGUGAAAAUGCUGAUCCAGGACCAGAAUGACAACCCUCCUCAGGUUCUGUAUCCAGUCCAGACUGGAGGCUCUGUGGUGGCUGAAAUGGUGCCUCGUUCAGCAGAUGUGGGCUAUCUGGUGACCAAAGUGGUGGCUGUUGAUGUGGACUCUGGACAGAAUGCGUGGUUGUCGUAUAAACUGCAGAAAGCCACAGACAGGGCUCUGUUUGAAGUGGGUUCCCAGAAUGGAGAGAUCCGAACCAUCCGCCAAGUGAGUGAUAAAGAUGCAGUGAAACAGAGACUGAGUGUUAUAGUGGAGGACAACGGGCAGCCCUCUCGUUCAGCUACAAUCAUUGUGAACGUGGCGGUGGCAGACAGCUUCCCUGAAGUUCUGUCGGAGUUCAGUGACUUUCCACACGACAAGGAGUACAAUGACAACCUGACUUUUUACUUGGUGUUGGCUCUGGCUGUGGUCUCCUUCCUGUUCAUCACGUGUUUGGUGGUUAUUAUCUCAGUGAAAAUCUACAGAUGGAGACAGUCUCGCAUCCUGUAUCAUUCUAACCUGCCUGUGAUUCCAUAUUAUCCUCCACGUUACUCAGACACUUUGGGGACAACAGGGACUCUCCAACACGUGUACAAUUACGAGGUGUGCAGGACGACAGACUCCAGAAAGAGUGACUGUAAGUUCGGCAGAGCUGGUAGUCAGAACGUGUUGAUCAUGGAUCCCAGUUGUUCAGGGACGAUGCAGCCGAUGCAGAGUGAGAAGAGCAUCCUGGAUGAACCAGACUCUCCUCUAGAGGUUAGUCUCCAGAAAGAAUGAUGUAAUUGAUGGCAUUUCAUGUUGUAGACACAGCUACAGUUUUCUGUAGUGUUGUACAUUGGGCCUCACAUGAAAAUGAAUGUAUUAUGUGUACGUUUUGUUUAACUACUUUUUUUCAGAACUUCUACUUUUGUUCACUAUAACAUGCCUUUUAGUUAAAUUCCAAACCCUUCAUACCACUUCAUUCAAUAAGAUUACUUCCAUGUUGGCACUUGUGGAGCAAUUUGAUCAUGAUGUUUUACCUGAAUAUGAAAUAUGAGCAAUUUAUGUUAUCAAAAUCCUGCUUAUCCUAAUGUUUUCUGUUUCAUUACUUGGAAUAUUGAAACAGGUAAGAUUCAGUUAUAUGGUUCAUUUAAAUCAUGAAUGUGACAUGUGUGCAUUUCAAUAAAGCAGGUGAAAAUACACAACCAAGUACAUCAAUCCAACAUUUUAAACACAGCAACCUGAAUCAUUUGCUAUGCCAGGGAAGUUGUCAGUCUGCGUUUGCAUUCUGAAAUGCUAUACCAGCAGCAAUGACCAUAAACAGUCUGUACUGCUUUGACAGCUUCUGGUUUAACUCCUCAUUUUAAUGAGAUAAGGAGCCUCUGUCUCUGGAUAUAUUGAUUAAGGCACUUUGUAAUGUUGGCCACAUUGCUCCAAAAUGUUUGGUCCAAAUCAGUGAUGGCACACAAAUUAAUGACCCAUAUAGCACUUGC